UUUCCAUGGUGCCAUCACUAAUCCUUCUUAUUCCCAUGGCCCAGCUGGUGAAGGUUAUCUGCCACAGCUCAGCCCGGGAUGUGCACGCCAGAGACAUGUUCUGCAACUUUUGAGGUCUGCUUUAUGAAUGGAACACUAAGGUUAAAGCAGGACACAAUCUGAAGGUACAGCCCUCUAUGGCCAACUCCUCCCACUGGCUUCAUGUACAGAGUUAAUGAGAGAAAGUGGACCAGAAGAAAUAUUGUAGCUAACUGCCAUGGAUGAGAGUGAGGCUAAACCCCAGAGUCCGGAGCCUGCACACCCACCACCCAGUCCUGCCCCCAGCCCCGCUCCCAGUCCUGCACCUAGCCCUCUGCUGGAGAAACUCGCCUCUGCAGCCAACCAUGUAGAGCAUUUAAAUGUAAAUCAGAUCCAGGUGGUUGUUCGGCGCUGUUCAACUCCAAAUGUCACAGAGGAGACCACUUACUUCAUUCCCCGUAACCCAGUGGUUGAUGCUGGCACCAACACAGACCCACCAGUGGUCUGUUGCCCUUUACUUCACAGAUUUUGCCCCUGUCCACCAACUGGACUUUGGGCAUCUCUUGUUACCAAAGUACUUUUGGCAGGAGUCCUCUUUGGAGUCAUUUGGUCUAUCACAGAAGAAGAAUGUCUCCCUGGAGGAAACCUGUUUGGCAUUACUAUCAUCUUCCUCUGUGCCCUUAUAGGUGGCAAAUUAGUUGAACUUAUACGUCUUCCAGGCCUCCCACCAUUCCCCCCUCUGCUAGGCAUGUUGCUCAUGGGUUUCUUGCUGAGAAACAUCCCAGUUGUAACAACUGCAGUAAAAGUGGAGCACAAAUGGUCAGCUGCUCUAAGGAAUAUUGCUCUGGCUGUGAUCCUUGCCAGAGCAGGUCUGGGACUAGAUCCAUCGGCAUUGAAGAAGUUGAAGUCAGUUUGUCUGAGGGUAUCAGUUGGUCCAUGCACAAUUGAGGCUUGCACCAUAGCACUGGUUUCUCACUUCCUCAUGGGACUGCCCUGGGUAUGGGGCUUCAUUCUUGGGUUUGUACUUGGUGCUGUGUCUCCAGCUGUGGUGGUACCGUCCAUGCUGUUGCUACAGAAGGAGGGAUAUGGUGUGGAACAAGGCAUUCCCACAUUGCUGAUGGCUGCUGGCAGUUUUGAUGACAUUCUUGCGAUCACAGGCUUCACAACAUGCUUGGGCAUGGCAUUUGCCACAGGCUCUACCUGGUACAACCUGCUGAGAGGCGUUUUGGAGGUGGCUGGCGGGACUGUUGCUGGUAUUCUUCUUGGGUUCCUUAUCCAGUAUUUCCCCAGUGUUGACCAGAAACACUUGGUAAUGAAGCGGUCGUUUCUGGUGCUGGGCCUGUCCAUCUUCUCCGUGUUUGGCAGCUCUGUGGCUGGUUUUCCUGGCUCUGGAGGUCUCUGCACGCUGGUACUGGCAUUCCUUGCAGCCAUUGGCUGGGGGGCAGCAAAGGCUCGUGUGGAGGAAGUUGUCAGUUGGGUGUGGGAUGUCUUCCAGCCUUUACUGUUUGGACUCAUAGGAGCAGAAAUACAAAUUUCACAACUGGAGGGACAUGCAGUAGGUCUCGGUAUAGCCUCUCUACUCAUUGGCUUGCUUGUUCGAGUUCUCUUUACAUUUGUAUGUGUCCUCUGUGCUGGCUUUAACUUGAGAGAAAAGUUCUUCAUAGCCCUUGCAUGGAUGCCAAAAGCCACAGUGCAGGCAGCCAUUGGAUCCACAGCUUUGGAUAUGGCCAGGACAAAAUCGGAUGAACAACUGGAGAAGUAUGGCAUGGAUGUACUGACUGUGGCUGUACUGGCCAUCCUUUUUACAGCUCCUAUUGGGGCUCUUAUUAUUGGACUCUCUGGACCUCGCCUUCUACAGAAACCCAAAAACCCUUCCUGUGGUGAGCGAGUCAAACCCAAUUUAUCAGCCUUUUUCUUGGGGACUGCAGAUGGAGGUGACGAGGAAGAGGAGACUCCUAUUACAUAUGAAAGCACUCUCUAAUAUAAAGGACUACCAGGGACAAUACAGUAUUUAAUCAACAUGAACCUGGACUUUUGUCUCGCUUCUAAAUGUCUUGUGUAUGUGCUGCUUCCUAAUCUACGGAGGACACAUGAAUCAUUGUUUAUUUUAGGCCUUGGGGUUUUCCAGUCCACAGGCUGCAACCAAAUGUCUGGCAUUGUAGUGUCUUUACUACAUGUCCAGCAAAGAAAAGGUUAUAUGUCCCAGCUAAAGGUGUAUUCAGAUCCUGGUUGAGGCAUCAUAAUGGUUUACAUUUUGUACCACACUGAAUUAACUACAGUGUCAUAUUGUACAUAGGGCUCCUGAUUGCAAGGAGCAUUAGUAAAAACACAGGCCACAUCAACAGAUUUACAGUUAUUUCACACUUAUUUUUUGUAUUUAAUUUUUACCUUACGUCACUGUUUUUGUUGUUUUGUAUUAGUUGUGACAGUAUAAAAAAC